CGAUAGCCGAGGCUCCAGAUAACUGCUCCUUGAGGCCGGACAUGGAACCGGUGGUGGAAACCCUCGUCAAGGACGUUACCCGAGACCUUGUAGCCGUUAUGGACGUGACCGGCAGCGGGAUGCUCGGCUGGACUGAACUCAAGAAAAACCAGACCCUGGUGACAGCUCGCCUCGCCACCUUGCGCGAGUUUGUGUUCUCGGUGGCUCUUCAGCGAGGCGGCACGGCGGCGGCGACGGCAGACGCCCCACCUGAGCUGACACGUAGCAAUUGUAGCACUAGGCCAGACAGCUUGUAG